CCUGUGCUGGGAGCAUCUGGGCAGGUGUGGAGGGCAGUGCAGGAGCCAGUCCUGGCGGAGUCCCGCCCCAUUGCUGACCAGCUGCUGACAGCACGUCCCUCGCAGACCUGCUUGGCCGUGCAGAUUAAAGGAGAUGGUGCCUCGUCGGUGCAUCCUGUGGGACGCAGGAAGCCUCCCAGACCCUUCCCUGUCUCUGCACCCCCUUCCCCUGCAGCGUGUUCACCUUGAUUUGCCAUCAGCUCUGUGCUCACAGGUCUGUCUGCUGCACAGACCUCCUGGCCUUGGGGCAGGGGCAGCAGGUGGAAACUCACAAAACCGGUCAAGCCCGGCUCAUCCACCAGCCAGAUGCUUUCCAGGAAGAAAGGGGAAACAGCUUGCUGAUGCCACCGGCUUCAAACCAGUCCUCUACAUCUGCUUUCUGUCUGCCUGGGAUUCCUGGAAGCUUCUGGUUUGAAGAGAGCUGUCCCUGUGCACACCGGGCGAGAGGAAGCCACGGCCGCAGCAAUGAGCGAGGCAUACGUGAAGAGGCUGUUCGCCAUUCUGCUGGACGCUGUCACCGACAAGGACCCUCAGGUGCAGGAGCAGGUGUGUGGCGCCCUGUGUGCCCUCGGAGAGUCGCAGCCUGUGGAGGCUCUCCGCGCCUGCGAGGAGCACCUGCGGCUGCACGAGAAGCUGGCGCAUCCGUACCGGACGAUGAUCCUGAGGGUCAUGGAGACGGUCGUGUGCAGUCACGUCGGCGAGCUGGACGAGGACGUGGCCAGGGCCAGCAUCCUCCUGGCCUCCAGCGAGAUGACCAGAGUGAAGGAGUUGGUCUGUGAUUGGCAGCAGGCUGCCAGCAACGUCCUGGUGGCGGUGGGAAAGCGUUUCGUCAGCAGCGUGAUGGAGGAGAUGCUGAGCAAGUUCCAGCCCGGGGUCCUGCCGCACCAUUUUGUCGUGCAGACGCUCGCCAACCUCUCAGUUUCCAAUGUGUUCGGCAUGGUGCCCUUCCUGACGUCCAUCCUGAACACCAUGGUGCCCAUGCUGAGUGCAGCCAAGCCCGACUCGAUGAGGGUGGCGUUCUGCUGUGCUCUGCAGCGCUUCAGCGAGAGCACCCUGGAGUACCUGGCCGACCUGGACCAGGCCCCCGACCCCACGGUCAGGAAGGACGCCUUCGCCACUGACAUCUUCAGCGCCUACGACAUCCUCUUCCACCACUGGCUGCAGAGCCGGGAAGCCAAGCUGCGGCUCGCUGUGGUGGAGGCCCUGGGGCCCAUGAGCCACCUGCUGCCCAGCGAGAAGCUGGAGGAGCAGCUCCCCAAGCUCCUGCCUGGACUCCUCGGCCUCUACAAGAAGCACGCCGAGACCGUCCACGUGUCCAAGAGCCUGGGCCAGAUCCUCGAGGCGGCCGCGAGCGUGGGCAGCCGCACGCUGGACGUUCAGCUUGACUCACUCCUGGCUGCCCUGCACGCUCAGGUCUGCGUGCCCGUCGAGUCCUCGAGCCCUCUGGUGGUGAGCAACCAGAAGGAGGUGCUGCGCUGCUUCACGGUGCUGGCCUGCUGUUCGCCUGACCGCCUGCUGGCCUUCCUGCUGCCCAAGCUGGACACCAGCAACGAGAGGACCCGUGUGGGCACCCUCCAGGUCGUGAGGCACGUCAUCAACUCGGCCGCUGCUCAGAUGGAAGUCAAGCAACCCUUUAUUCUCUCCUCCAUGAAGCUUCCUCUUCUGGAUACCAAUAGCAAGGUGAAGCGGGCCGUGGUGCAGGUGAUCAGUGCCAUGGCCCAUCACGGCUACCUGGAGCAGCCUGGAGGCGAGGCCAUGAUCGAGUACAUCGUGCAGCAGUGCGCGCUGCCCCCUGAGGCGGAGGGCCGGAGCCCACGACGGUGUAACCUGGAGAGCAGAGAGCACACACUCCGCCCUCCCCUCCGGCAGCCUCAGAAGCUGGGCGCCAACAGCGAGGCCCCGGCGGCAGACAGCGUGCGGGCCAUCAGUGUCAGCACCCUCUACCUGGUCAGCACCACCGUGGACAGGAUGGGCGACGUCCUCUGGCCAUACCUGCUCGAGUUCCUCGUCCCCGUGCGCUUCACCGGGGCGCUGACCCCGCUCUGCAGGAGCCUCGUGCACCUGGCCCAGAAGAGGCAGGAGGCGGGGGCCCACGCCCUCCUCAUUCAGUACAACGGCAACGUGACCCUUCCAUCUCCCUACGCCAUGACCACCAGGCUCCUGGCCGUGUCUUCCAGCCCCUACCUGGGGGACGGUCGCGGGGCGGCCUCGCUGCGCCUCCUGAGCAUCCUUCGCCGGGACAUCCAUCCAGUGCUGGGUCAGCGGUGGGCGACCGCCAUCCCCCUGCUGCUGGAGCACCUGGACGGAUAUACGGAGGAAACCCUGUCACGGAAGGAAUGGGAGGAGAAGCUGCUGACGUUCCUUCGGGACACUCUGGCUGUUGUGUCUGACAACACAUGGAUUUGCCAGCUGAGCCUGGAGAUGUGCAAGCAGCUACCCAACUACAACGGGACGCCCCUGGAGAAGAACUUCCUGUAUAAAUGCAUAGGAACUACCCUGGGUGCUGCUUCAAGUAAGGAGGUGGUGAGAAAACAUCUGCAGGAGCUGCUGGAAACCGCCAGAUACCAGGAGGAGAGCGAGCGUGAGGGCCUUGCCUGUUGCUUUGGGAUCUGUGCCAGCUCCCACCUGGAUGACACCCUGGCCCAGCUGGAGGACUUUGUAAAGUCAGAUGUGUUCAGAAAAUCUGCCGGCAUUUUCAACAUUUUUAAGGAUCGGAGUGAGAACGAGGUGGAGAAAGUGAAGAGCACGCUGAUCCUGUGCUACGGGCACGUGGCAGCGCGGGCGCCCCGCGAGCUGCUGCUGGCCAGGGUGGAGUCGGACAUCUUCCGGAACAUGUCCCAGUGCUUCAGCACCAAGGUUCUGGGGAUAAAGGUAGAGACCAAGGACCCGGCCCUGAGGCUGUGCCUCGCGCGGAGCGUGUGCAUGGCCAGCCAGGCCAUCUGCAGCAGCUCCCGCGGCAGCUCGUUCCAGCUGUUGAGGAAGCCGGAGCUGGUGGCUCAGAUGAUGGAGUUCAUCAAGGCCGAGCCCCCGGACUCCCUGAGGACGCCCAUUCGGAAGAAGGCCAUGCUCGCCUGCACUUACCUGGUCUCCCUGGAGCCGGCGCUGGAGGGGCAGGCGCAGGCGGACCUGAUCCAUAGCUGCCUGCAUGGCGUUAUGGCCGUGCUGCCUGAGCCCGAGGGGGUGGACGGCCACCAGGAGCCCCUGUACCUGGACACCGUGCAGGCCCUCAAGGACUUACUGACAAGCCUCCUUCAGCGAAACAUGACCCCCCAGGGCCUGCAGGUCAUGGUGGAGGUGUGCGCACCUGAGCCCAUGGAUCAAGUCCCCGAGGGGCCACGAGCGGGUGCGGGCGCUUGGCCUGAGCGCCUGCCUGCUGCAGUACUUCCUGAAGCACCUGCGCAUCAGCCACCCGCACAUCUGCCUCUCCAGGCCCUGGUGCCCUUCCACAACCUGGGCCUCCUGCUCGGCCUCUUCUCCCCACGGUGCGCGGACCUACGGCCUGCCACCCGCCAGGAGGCUGUGAGCUGUGUCUACUCCCUGCUCUACCUCCAGCUGGGCUACGAGGGCUUCUCCCGCGAUUACCGGGACGAUGCGGUUGAGCAGCUCCUCGCCCUCAGAGACGGCCUGGGGCACCCUGAGCCCUCCAUCCUCUUCCACACCUGCCACAGCGUAGCCCAGAUUAUUGGCAAGCGCCUCCCGCCAGAUCAACUCAUCAGCCUCUUGCUAACCCUGUUUGAGGGCCUGGGAGACCCGGACAAGAACUGCUCCCGAGCCGCUACAGUGAUAAUCAACUGCCUGCUGAAGGAGCGGGCCAACGUGCUCCUGGAGAAGGUGCCCGAGAUCGUGAGCGUGCUGCGCUCCAAGCUGCAGGAGACCCGCGGGGAGCACGUCCUGCAGGCCGCACAGCACAGCGUGUACGUCCUGGCGGCCCGGCACCACGCCGCCGUGGUGUCCAGCCUUCUGGGCAGCCCCCUGCCCUUUGACAGCCACACCUGCACCCUGUGGAGGGCGCUGGCCGUGGAGCCCGGCCUCGCCACACAGGUCCUGGGGCUGCUCCUGGAGAAGAUGAGCAGGGACGUGCCGUUCAAGGAGAGCCGGGCCUUCCUGCUGAGCAGCGCGCCUGACCGCGUGGCCACCCUGCCGCCCCUUGCGGCCACCUGUGCGCUGUACGAGGUCGCGUCUGCCCCGGCGUCUGGGCCGGCGGUGCUGGAGCUCUACCCCCAGCUGUUUGCAGCACUGCUGCUGCGGGUCAGCUGCACCGUGGGUGUCCAGCUGCCCAGGAACCUGCAGGCCAAGGAGAGGAAGAGCGCCAGCUCAGGCCUGGCCUCGCGGAGCCUCGAGCCCUGCAGCUCCGCAGUGGAUGCGCUGCAGGCCGUGCUGCUCCGAGGCGGCACCGAUGAUGUGGUGCAACACAUGGAGCUGGAGGGGGGCUGGCAGCUGCUCAGGACCUCGGCCGGGCACGAGGAGGGGGUCACCCGGCUGGCCAGCGCCAUGGCCAAGUUCGCGGGCCCCCGGCUGCCCCUGAUGAUGAAGGCGCUCUUCGCCACACAGAGCAGUGUGUACGAGAUCCAGAGGGUCAGCUCCACAGCCUUCCUGGCCGAGCUGCUUAGCAGCAACAUGGUGAACGACCUGAUGCUCCUGGAGUCCCUGCUGGACAACCUGCUGGCGCGGCAGAAGGACACGUGCGCCCGUGUGCGAAGGCUGGUGCUCCGGGGCCUGGCCAACAUUGCCUCGGGCUCCCCGGAUAAGGUACGGGCCCAUGGCCCCCAACUCCUGACGGCCAUGAUCGGUGGGCUGGACGACGGUGAUGACCCGCACAGCCUGGUGGCCCUGGAGGCCAUGGUGGGCCUCGCGAGGCUGCUGGACCUGGUGGAGGCCUGGGACCUGCGCGCGGUGCUGCUGCACGUUGCCAUCCGCAUCCGGCCCUUCUUCGACAGCGAAAAGAUGGAGUUCCGUUCUGCGUCCAUCCGCCUCUUCGGGCACCUCAACAAAGCCUGCCAGGGGGACUGCGAGGAUGUCUUCCUGGAGCAGGUUGUUGGCGGGCUGGCACCCCUGCUGCUGCACCUGCAGGACCCCCAGCCCCCAGUGGCUGCUAGCUCAGCCUGUGCCCUGCAGGCCUGCAGGUUCGCCUUGCGCAUGUGCGGCCCCAACCUGGAGUGUGAGGAGCUGGCAGCCAUCUUCCAGAAGCACCUGCAGGAGGGCCGGGGCCUGCACUUCGGAGAGUUCCUCAACACCACCUGCAAGCACCUGAUGCACCACUUCCCCGACCUGCUGGGCCGCCUGCUGAGCACCAGCCUGUUCUACUUCAAGAGCAGCUGGGAGGACAUCCGCGCUGCGGCCCCCAUGCUCACAGGGUUCCUGGUGCUGCACGUGGAGGCUGAGCGCCGGCCGCAGGUGGACCUGGAGCAGCUCCUGGCGGCGCUCCAGCUCCUGCUCAAGGACCCGGCCCCCGCGGUGCGCGUGAAAGCUGCUGAGACUCUGGGCCGCCUGGUGAAGUUCGCCUGAGGCUCCCGUGGCACCGCUGCCCCUACACGCAAUACCGGCCUCGCCGGCCCGAACCGAACCUCUGAGAUGGGGCCCUAAGGAGCCCCCUGCCCGAGGGGAGCCCCCGGGCCCACACAGCAAGGGAGGGCUGGGGCCACGAGGGUGGGCAAGUCGCUGUCCCCCCCCUUCCCAAUAAAGCCAUUUGCUGCUCA